AUGGAUAGAAGGGAAUUGGAGGCAUGUCUUUAUGAUGUGUUGAGAUCUGAUGCACAAACAGGAAAGCAAUCGGAGGCACGGAUUUUGGACUUGCAAGCAAAUGAUUUUGGCAGAUUCGUGCCGGUUCUUGCGGAGGUUUUCUGCGAUGUGAAUACAAAUGAUCAGGUGAAGAUGGUUGCAGGGAUUAUUUUCAAGAAUACGGUGCAUGCGAAUGAUGUGGAACUUCAAAGGAUGUGUUUGAACCGAUGGUUAAGCCUUGAUGGAGGGGUGCGUGAGUAUAUCAAAGGAAUGCUAAAGGAGGCGCUUGAAGGAUAUGUACCGAGGUUCUGUGUGAUGGCGGGAGCGAUUCUUGGAUACAUUGCAAGGAUUGAGGUUGAGAAUGGGAUUGAUCCAAGGUUUUUUGAAGAGAUGCGGAUGAAGGUGAAUGAAGAUGACAAGAUAGAGGGAGUGUGUGAAGCAGUUGGAGUGAGCACAAGUUAUAUUGCAAAGGAAGCGCCAGGUGUAUUUGAAGAGCGGAUAGUAAGGAUGGUGUUUGAGACGUGCAUAUAUGCAUUGAUUAAUGGAACGAAUAGCAGAAGGAAGUUAGCAGGGUUGAAGUGCUUAAUGAACAGCAUGGAAGCGCCGAGAAUGUUCUGUAGAGCCGAGGAUAUGAGAGUGUUUCUUGAUGCAACGAUGGGGAUAUGGAAUGGAUCUGAUGACGAACUGAUUCAUAAGUCGAUGAUAUGCUUCAAUAGGAUGGUGAUGUUGUAUUACAAUUAUACUGAGAAGGGAAUGCUUGAGGAUAUGCUAUCUCAGUAUCUAGGAAGAUUUUUCAAAUCUAAUUCUGAUGAAAUUAAGGUUCAGGCAAUUGAAUACUGGUGUAUAUUUGCAGAGAAAAAGGAUGAUUGGAUAAUUGAUAAGUAUCUACCGGUGGUGUUACCUGAGAUUCUGAGACUUCUUUCGAAGGGAGAAGAAUAUAAUGCCGAUGGAUGGACCUCUCACAAGGCAGCGUCUUCAUGCCUUGAAAUGUAUACAGAAAUAAAGGGCAACAAGCUGAUGAAGAGCGAAGUGGUGUGGGGAUUUAUAGAGUCGUCCCUAAGAUCGAGUGUAAGACUUGAUGUGGAUAUUGGAGCAAUAGCAUUAGGGAGUAUUAUGUGUGAGGAGUGUGAAGAUUACCUGGUGAUGGUGAUGCCUCAGCUUGUGGGCGGAGUAAAUUUUGAAGAAUCGAAGGAAUCAUGCCUGUGGGCCUUAUCAAAGGCAGCGGAAUGCAACUUUUAUGCAUUGGUUGAGUAUCUGCCUGCGAUCAUCAGCAAGUGUGGAGGGAUUGUUCUUGAGGGUUCGAAGCCAUCUAUGGGAGCAGCAUGGGUGAUGAACUGUGUGUUUGAUUCGGUCUAUAAAUUGAGGAAAAACGAGACGUAUGCAAAGCAUUUGCCAAAAGACAUUAAGAGAAAUGCUGAUGGAUUUGUGGAGAUUUUUCUCGUGAAGCAGUAUCUUGAUGUGGUGAAUAUGUUGGUGAAAGGAACAGAGAUGGUUAGUCUAAAUGACUCUGGGCUGAGAAUAGCGCUGUUUUCUGCACUGAACUCGCUGAUUUCUGUAUGUCCGCCGAUGCUUCAGAGCAUAUUGAGUGGAUUUUAUGAAUACACAGCUAGGAAGAUAGAUGAGUGUGUUGGGGUGCUUGGUCAUGCAACUCAGGAUCAGAUAUUAGUUGUUGAGGAUGUUUUGUCGAACUACAUAGGUCUUAUUGAGGCGAUUACAAUGUCUAGGAAGACUGAUGGAGUUGAGGAUGUGAUGGGAGUGUUUUUGAAGAUUCUUGAGUCUACACCAACGAUAGCGUUUGGAGAAGUUUACAUCAGUGUGUCUAAUUUAUCAACAAAAUUUGUACCACAUGUAUCGAUCCUGUUGCCAUACAUCAUACGUGAUAUGAAAUGCACAGACAAGUUUGUGCUGAAUUCUGUGAUAAAUCUUGUUGGAAGGCUUGCAAGCACCAUGGGAACUGACUUUAGUAUAAUAGCAAGCGUCAUUAUGCCGUUAUUGGGACAGUGCCUUGGAUCUGAGUCUACGCCAAAGGAGUUGAAGCCCGUGAUUCUAUCUGUGUUUGGAGACAUAGCAUUGGCAUUGGAGAAGGGAUUUGAACCACAUGUUGAGAUGGUUGCAAUGUUGUUCUCGCAGAUAGCUGAGCUUGACUUUCGUUAUGAUAAGGAUUAUGUUGAGGAGCUGCGCAAGAAUUCGCUUCAGCUUGUGAACUGCUCAUUGGUUGCUGUUGGAGACUGUAUGAAAGUAAGGAGUGCAGUGCCAAGGAUAUUGAGCAUAGCACAUGUAAUUAAUGCAAGUGAUGAAAAUGGACGGGUGCAUGAGCAAAUGCUUGGACUGAUUGAUGACCUUGUUAUGAUGUAUGGAAAGAACUUUGGAUUGGAUGAUCCAUGGAUCAAGGAGUUUUUGCAUAAUGUGAUGAAGCAUGGCAAUGACAAGAAUAGAAACAGAGCCGGACAUAUUCUGGAAGUGCUUAGAUAA